GGCUAUCCCCGCCCACCCCUUACUUCUCCAUCCCCGGCUCGUGCCUGAUCCCUACCAAUGGAUGUGACCCCAGUGAGCAGAUAACAGGACGGAUCUGAGGACAGCUUGUGGAUCUUAUAGGCAGAGGAGACCUGAGGACGGAGAGCCCCGAAAAUGCCCAGAUCAUUCCUGGUGAAGAGCAAGAAGGCUCACAGCUACCACCAGCCUAGAUCUACGGAUGGAGAUGACUACAGACUACAGCAGGAGAGAGUGCUGGCUCAUCUGUGUGCAGAGAGUAAGGUGGUGUCUGAGAGUGAAGGGAACAUCUCCCCCGUGUCAUCCCACCUAGGUGAAGUUGGGGACGCGUCGUCCGAUGUGUCGCCCCCUAGCUGCGAAAGCAGUGUGUGCGACACGACUGCGUCAGAAGUGGACGACUUCUGGAGACCCCCUUCCCCAUCCGCCUCUCCAGCCUCAGAAAAGUCCGCCUGCCCAUCUUUGGAAGAUUCUCCACCUUUUCCUCCAUCCUUCAAGUCUUAUACAUGGGGCAGUUUGGUUGGCUCUGAACUACGACAGUUGGUGCAGCAGAACUACAGGCCAUCAGGACUGGAGAGAAGCUCAUCCCUAGGACUCUAUGGAGACAGGGACCCUCCGACUCAUCCCUCACCUCUAUACAAUUCAGAAAGGGGUGUUCAUGGGCUGUAUGGGGACUAUGCACAAGGAGUGUCUCACUAUGGAGAGUCCUGUUCUGCCACUGCGUUAUAUGGAGAAAAGACACAAGGCAUCAAGGUGGAGUCUGAUCUGCUGUGUACACGACUGCUGCUUAACACCGGCUCCUACAAAUGUAUAAAGUGUAGUAAGGUGUUCUCCACACCUCAUGGACUGGAGGUUCAUGUACGGAGAUCGCACAGUGGUACAAGACCAUUUGCAUGCGAAAUGUGUGGAAAGACGUUUGGCCAUGCUGUCAGCUUAGAGCAACAUAAGGCUGUCCAUUCUCAGGAGAGAAGUUUUGAUUGUAAAAUCUGUGGCAAAAGUUUUAAGAGGUCAUCAACGCUUUCCACACAUUUACUUAUCCACUCAGACACAAGGCCGUACCCCUGUCAGUACUGUGGCAAGCGUUUCCACCAGAAGUCAGACAUGAAGAAACACACGUUUAUACAUACAGGUGAGAAACCCCACAAGUGUCAAGUAUGCGGCAAAGCGUUCAGUCAGAGUUCAAACCUGAUUACUCACAGCCGAAAACACACCGGCUUCAAGCCUUUUGGUUGUGACCUGUGUGGAAAAGGUUUUCAGAGGAAGGUGGAUCUGAGAAGACAUCGUGAAACACAGCAUGGAAUCAAAUGAUCGAGAAAUGAAAAUGUCCUUGUUCUGCACAGGAAACCUUUGUCAUCCGAGAACACUAGGUGAACUUCAUCAAAAAAUGUGUGGUGUUGACUCAUUGACCACUAACGAGGGUGGAAUAUGCAGAAAUCUCAGUUCAGAGAUUGUUCAUUCAGUUUACCAUCAGCCAUCACUUCCUUACUUUCUGAAGAAGCAAGUCUUCUAUAGCUACAACCUGCAGGAAACACAAAAGUCGAGGGAUUCUCUACAAGCAGGCAAAGGUCAAGUUAUCUAGCUAUGAACAUUGAUAUUAAAAGAUUUGGACUAAACUGGAUACUUGCAGACAGUUCUUGGCAAAUCGGUUAUCAAGGAAUCAUUCUUUGGUUUGGAGACUUUGGGUGGAAAAUGGAAACCCUUUUAAAUUAAGCUGGAAAUCUUUUGGACAUAUUUGUGUUUUUAGACCUUGUUGCUUUGUUUCAUGCACAUGUCGUCACAUCUACAGAACUCAGUCUUUUCUUAAUUUAUGCCUAUAUUGUGUUUGGAUGGUAAAGUGUUCUUUCGAGUUAAAAUGCCUAGGCUGUAAGGUUUAAAGUUGAAAGCAAAAUUACAACUAUUCAGAGACAAAAACUGGAGGAAAUUACAUUUAUUGUCCAUAUUACACUAAUUAGGGCUAAAUGUAUCAUUUGGCAGAGUAGACAAAGGCCUAUCAGUGGCAUCUUUCUAUCCUGCCCCCCCCCCCCCUCGUGAUUGUGAGAAAUACAUUUAAUUCAUACACGCUCACACAUCGCAAUAUUCAAAGUUCCUAUGUAGAUAUAGGUGAUUUCUCAUCUGGAAAUGUAAUAUUACAGAAAGAGUCUGUCUAUUUCUACUAUUCUUCCAUAAUCUGGUCAAUCUGUGGAAAUUCCACCACCCCCCACAUUUUUCAAUUGACUUUUGUUGAAGCAGCCGGUCUAAAAAUUCUCAGGCUUCGUACACACGACCGAGUUUCUCGGCAAAAACCAGCAAGAAACUUUCUGGGAGAUAUUUUUUUGCAGAG